AUGCAUCAUUGCUCUUCCUCGCCAUUCCCUUCAAUUUCAAGUGCUCCGAGGCCCUUCAAGUCGACGACGACGCACUCGAACAAUCCAGCACGUCCGUUGCACACGCCUCCAACUUCUGCAGAACUUACUUUGGCCAUCCUCAAACCCUCUCUUUGUUCCUAUCAACCGGACGUUUCAGCCGUUCUGAAAGAGCUGAAAUUCAGCGGUCUCAAUCCCGUGCGAAGCAGAAGGAUGCAGUGGACGCGUGCCCAGGCGGAGGAAUUUUAUCAGGAACAUCGAGGUAGAUUCUACUACGAUCGGCUAGUCCUCGGCAUGUCCUCUGGCCCUUCAUUGAGCUUGGCCCUAUACGGUCCCAACUCCAUCAAGGCAUGGAGAGGCAUGCUGGGCGCUACGAAAGCUUGCAGGACAAAGUGGGAGGCGCCGCAAAGUUUGCGGGGUAGGUACGGCAUAACGGAUACCAGGAACGGCUUUCACGGAAGUGAUUCGCCCGAAUCUGCAAAAAGGGAGCUGGGUCUCAUCUUUGAUGGAUGGGACACGGACUGGUGGAUGGCGCGGGAGGCGCGGCUCUCAUCUGAUCAAGGGGCGAUCUGA